CACGUCGGGUAGUACAGGCCAACCCAAGGUUCGUAGACUUUUCUGGCAAAAAGAACCCAAAAAGUGUAGAAUUUACAGCCUGAGCGAAUAUCCCCUCUCAUUUUGAAAUUUUGAUUUGUCUUGUUUCUCUUCAACGAUAGGGUUUGGUACACACCACUGGUGGCUAUUCUUUAUAUGCGGCUCAGACAGUGAAAAACACAUUUGAUUUGGCGCCGGAUGAUAUUUUUGCGUGUGUUGCUGACUGUGGAUGGAUUACAGGCCACACAUACGUAGUCUACGGGCCGCUCUUCAACGGUUGUACGACGUUCAUGUUCGAAUCGACGCCUGUUUAUCCGGACGAGGGCAGAUAUUGGGACAUGGUAGAGCGCCACAAAAUCACGCAAUUUUACACUGCACCGACGGCAAUCCGAUUGUUGAUGAAAUAUGGUGUCGAACCUACUACCAAGUACGAUUUGAGCAGUCUCAAGGUCCUUGGAUCUGUCGGAGAACCGAUCAACCCCGAAGCCUGGCGCUGGUAUUACGAAAACGUAGGAAAAUCAGAAUGCACCGUUGUCGACACCUAUUGGCAAACAGAGACAGGGGGUCACAUCGUUACAAACUUGCCGGGAAUCACGCCCAUGAAACCUGGAUCGUGCACCCUGCCCUGCUACGGAAUCGACACUGUCGUUCUCGAGCCGUCCAGUGGAGAGAUCGUUGAACCCGACGAGAGCGGUUGUGUCGAAGGAGUCCUAGCCAUUAGACAACCCUGGCCGGGAAUGGCACGUACUUGUCUUGGGGAUCACUCUCGAUACCUCACUGUGUACCUGAAACCCUACGAGGGCUACUACUUCACAGGGGACAGUGUCAUGCGUGAUGCCGAGGGAAACCAUUUCAUUACCGGCCGCGUCGACGAUGUCAUCAACGUUAGCGGGCACCGUAUUGGAACCGCCGAAGUUGAAUCCGCAUUGGUAGCGCAUCCCGCGGUUGCUCAGGCCGCUGUUGUCGGCAAGCCCCACGACAUCAAGGGCCAGGCCAUUUGUGCCUUUUGCAUGCUCCGAAACGGCUUCGAGGAAUCCGACGAUCUCAUCAAGGAGCUCCGUCUGCAAGUCCGUACUGAGGUGGGAGGAUUCUGCAGCCCCGAUAUGAUUGUGGUCACACCGAGCCUACCGAUGACACGAUCGGGAAAGAUCAUGCGCCGUAUCCUUCGAAAGAUUGUCUGCGACGAGAAAGAUACCCUCGGAGAUACCAGUACGCUUGCCGAACCAGCUAUUGUCGAUGUUCUGAUCGAAAAAGUCGAAUCCUAUUAACAAAAGAGCAUGAUCUAUGGUCUUUUUAGCACAAUUUGUUUUGUGAGAUACGUAGAUCAAUCAACUUAACACACGUGA